GCUCCCAGACCACUUCACGGUCUGGGCGGGCGGGCUCCAACUCAACGCUAAUAGGUUUUUUUUUCAACAGCUUUCGUAGAGCUCAACAACCUUCGAACCUUGAAACAACUUCACAAAUCACCAUUACCUACUUGCUGCGGGAGGUUAUACUGGCAACCAGCUAGAGUAAGUGCAGAUGGAUGCUUAACAGCUCAGCAGACGGGCCCCAACUCCAAACUUCGAAAUCCACUUCUCUCGAAUGGGAACUCUUUUAGCCCCGGGCGCUGCUUAGAAUAUCAACUCGUAUAGACGUCCCGGAAACAUCACAGUCACUACAUCACCCCAUGGACCUCAUAUUCUCAAAGGACUCUCUUCGCGACGCGACUCUCUCACUUCCCACCGGUCAACCCAUCUAUGAAAUAUCCACCCCAGAUCGAUGGUUCCAUCAUGCAAGGACGAUGAUAAAGAAAUUCCAACCUGGAAUGUCCCUACCGCAGGACAUGGGUGUCAUCGAGAUUCAUAGUUGGAACAAGAGUGUGGUCGAAGUCUGGGGAAGGAGCGUUCUUCCGAAGAGCCCUGGAGUUUUCAAGAGAGGGGAACUCUUCACAUCUUCAAAUGGUCAGCAAUACACAUGGAAGCGCAAAUCGAGGACAGCAGUGUUAACCGACAAAUUGGACAACACCAUGGCCGUUUACGAUGAACGCCGCACUAAUGUUUUCAGCCGAAAAGAACCAAGUCCAGCGAAAUUGGCGGUAGCACCUGCUGCUGUUGAAAUCGCAGAUGAGAUUGUUGGCACUUUUUUGUACUUUGAAGAACAGGAAAGAAGGGCACGAACGUCUGCGGCGGCUAAUAACGCAGGGUGCGAAAUAGCGUAACACGCGCGUAAAUCUCGACGUAAAACACCUGCGUUCCGCUCCAACAUGCUACUAAUUGGGCCUUUUAUUCCCCCAAUUUGAUUUCGUAAAUGAAUCUAUUUAUAUACC